AUGGUCAACUCCUGUUGUGGCUCCGUCUGUUCUGACCAGGGCUGUGGCCAAGAUCUCUGCCAGGAGACUUGCUGCCACCCCAGCUGCUGCCAGACCACCUGCUACAGGACCACCUGCUGCCGCCCUAGCUGCUGUGUGUCCAGCUGCUGCAGGCCACAGUGCUGCCAGUCCGUGUGCUGCCAGCCUACCUGCUGCAGGCCCAAUUGCUGCAUUUCUAGCUGCUGCCGCCCCAGUUGUUGCAUUUCUAGCUGCCGCCCCAGCUGUUGUGUGUCCAGCUGUUGCAGGCCCAGCUGCUCUGUGUCCAGCUGCUACAGGCCCCAGUGCUGCCAGUCCACCUGCUGCCAGCCCACCUGCUGCCAACCCACCUGCUGCAUCUCCAGCUGCUGCCACCCCUCCAGCUGUGGCUCCAGCUGUUGCCGCCCCUCCUGCUGUGGUUCUAGCUCCUGUGGCUCCAGCUGCUGCCGCCCCUGCUGCUGCUUCCGCCCAGUCUCUGGCCAAGUCUCCUGCCACACCACUUGCUAUCGCCCAACCUGUGUCAUCUCCACCUGCCCCCGUCCCACCUGCUGUGCCUCUUCCUGUUGCUGAAUCUCUGCUGUCAGCACACAACUUCUUCAUGGCCUCACUCCCCAGAGAUGUAGACCCUCCUUUUGCAAAAUGUGGAAUACUGAAGAGAAUUGAGCUUCUGAGUCCCACAAGGAAGCCCAGUCCCACUAAUUCUGUGUCCACAUCUAGCUGGUUUCCAAACUCUCUCCCUUCCAAAUGAGUUCAUUGAUAACCUGCAAAUAAAUUAUCAAGUUACCCCCAAAUUUCUCCAUUUGUCUAUAGGACACCCAUUUAUCAUACUUAAGGAUUCGCAGA